GUCAAACUUUUCCCAACAGAUUUCAGGAGGAACUUGAAUCUGCUCAUUAUCUUGUCAUCAGCUCAGUGAGCCAAAUGUCGGCUGCGGUGAUGGCCACCUCCGGUCCAUGCAUGAACCUGCUAAGGAGAAAUACCACCUUCCAGCCUCUCCAUCCUAUCCAUCCUGCUCUUCACCCUCCUGUCCAUCCUACUCUUCAUCCUCUUGGCUCAGACACACAUUCAUUCCUGAGCCAUCAGUCUUCCAUUCUACAUGAACAAAUACUCAACCUUCCGUAUUUCAACCUAAUCCACCUGAAUAACACACACAAACCACCGCACACCCCGGGCUCUCUGUCAGGCAUCAGCAGCCCUGCCUCAUCCACCUCUUCUUCUUUUUCUCCAAACAAAGACGUCUUCAUGCACCCUCAGAUGAUAGAGGAAUCGAAGCGCACUUAUAGUUUUACCCAGCAGGAUUUAUUCACUGUCCUCUAUGGAUACAGUAAAGACCACCAGCUAGGGGUCGGACACGCCAUCUCAGGACUGAUGUUACCUAGCACCCCAGACCUGCUGCCUGCGAACGUGGACACAGAAAGCCUCGACCUGCCUGAAGGUCUGUGUGUUUUCCGGUGUUCGUGUGCCGGUCUUCCCCACUGCGGGGUUUUUGCCGCGCGCAACUCUAUACCUAAAGGCACGCGCUUCGGACCGUACCGCGGAAAAGCGGUGAACACAAGCGAGAUCAAAACACACAACGACAACACACUUAUGUGGGAGAUCUUCGAGAAGGGCCGGUUGAGCCACUUUGUGGACGGCGGCGGUGCGCGCGGCAGUUGGAUGUCGUUGGUGCAAUGCGCGCGCUUCCCCGAGGAGCAGAACGUGGUGGCGGUGCAGCGCGCAGGCCGCAUUUACUACGAGACCUGCAGAGAGAUUCGCCCCCUGCAGGAGCUCCUGGUCUGGUACGGAGACACCUACACCUUGUACAUGGGCAUCCCCAUGUGCCUCAGAGAAGAGGAGGAAGAAGAUAAAGAGCAGGACGGAGACUCGGCUGAGGGCUAUAAAUGUGAUCGAUGUGGAAAGGUCUUCGCUUACCGUUACUACAGAGAUAAGCACCUAAAGUACACGCGCUGUGUGGAUCAGGGAGACCGGAAGUUCCCCUGUCAUCUCUGUAACAGAUCGUUCGAGAAGAGAGACCGACUGCGUAUCCACAUCCUGCACGUGCACGAGAAACACCGACCGCAUAAGUGCUCUGUGUGCGGCAAAAGUUUUUCUCAGUCCUCCAGCCUCAACAAGCACAUGCGCGUGCACUCCGGAGAGCGACCUUACAAAUGCGUCUACUGCAACAAGGCAUUCACCGCCUCCAGCAUCCUUCGCACACACAUCAGGCAACACUCAGGUGAAAGGCCAUUUAAGUGCAAACACUGUGGGAAAGCCUUCGCCUCCCAUGCAGCACAUGACAGCCACGUACGCCGGAGCCACGCCAAAGACAAACCGGUGGCAUGUGAUCUCUGUGACAGCACGUUUGAGCAAGCAGAGGAGCUUAAAGAGCACAUGAAGAUCCAUAAGAAGCGCCCACUUAUGCAGUCUCCGGCUCUUCCUUCUUCUCCUGGCACACACACGGAAGAUCAGACCGGGCCUUUAAACAAUGAAUGUGCCAGAGUGAAGCGGGACAUCACCACAAGUUUCUCGCCUUUUCCAGGAAUCACCUCCAGUUACAGACCAUGGAAUUAACUCACACACCUCUGUGUUUGACUCCAUCGUGAACUGCACACUGACAUACUACACAGCAUGGCUAUGAUCCAAAUCAAGACACAGGUCUUAGCUCAGCCCUAGGAUCCUUUCUGGUAUCUUUAAAAUAGUACACAAGCCUAGCUUGGCAUCAGGUCAUGAUAGGCUAGGCUAUGUCGCAAAUUUUUUGUAUAUAUUGUGAUUAAUUGCUAAGUUCCUCUGAAGUACCUACUUAUCAGAAAUGUAUCACGAAUAUGUAAUUCAGGCUUAACAGGACCAUCCACUUUUUUAAACAGCCUUGUUUCCAGAAGCACCAUGACUCUAUGACUUAGUUUGUUAGUCCCCUAGCUAUGUGAUUUAUCUGGUGAAUUAGGCUAAAAUAGGUGGCACUGUGGUGCAGCAUGUACCACACAAUUUUUGCACAAGUUCUUCUUACGUAAAUGCAGUUUCCUCUGGGUUUUUCAGUUUCCUCCGACCUCCAAAAACCAUGUUAGUAGGCGAAUUGGUGUAACUUAUUCCUAUUUCACUUUCCAUAUUCCUGGGAUAGACCUCAGAUCAACCCUGACUCUUUCCUCAACCAGGAUGAAUAGCUACAGUACUGAAGAUGAGUGAAUGAAUGAAUGAAUGAAUGAAUGAAUGAAUGAACAAAUAAUUUGUCAAUAUACACACAAUAAUUACAAAAUUCUUAACAGCAUGAAAACCUGAGAAAAUACAGUACAUGAGUUAAAGACACAGUCAUGUACCUCAAUGAGAGAAACAUCCAGAGCCAAGGCCUGUUCAGUUCUUUUAGAGUACUAUUAAUAAAAUAAUUAAUAGUCUUUUAUUCUAUUUAAUACACCUGUAAGUAGCUUAUAUUUAACAUGAUCAGUUUCGCUUGUGGUUUUUAUUGUGAUAUAAUGUGUUCAUGUGUUUUAAUUUAUUACAGUGUAUGUUUUGAAAUAGAAGUGGUGUUUUGAUGUUUGUUUCAACUUGCAGCAAAUUGUGUUUGUGCAUUAUUAUUAUUACAUCCUGUGUACAUUUCUGAUGGACAUUUGUCUUACUGAGAAAGGUUCACUUCUCGAAUACAAUUUUUUUAACAGAAACAAUCAUUUAUUUAUCUGUUUAUUUUAGAGCUUUUAAUAGUAAUAUGUUCUGACUAACCGAAUAUUAUUAUUAUUAUUAUUAUUAUUAUUAUUAAUAUUAUUAUUAUUAGUUUUUAUGUCAUUGUUAAACACUAAUCACGUUUAUAUUGCAGACAUAAUUUUUUGAGUCUAUCCACAUUAUCUAUGGCUACAGUAUAAGCUAAACAUGGCAUUGUAUCACUAUAAGCAAAAAAACAUGUAGUAUGAAUUAUGAGUAAUGAAUUAUGUGUAAAGCAAUUCAGUACCGAAUUGCUUUACACUUUCAUGUGGUGUUUUCAGUCACCCGGAUCAACAAUUUCACCAAAUCAGUUCAGCAUCUUUUUAAACCAAUGUUUGAACCCAU